GUAAGUCGAAAUGGGAAUCCUUUACAAAAAAGUUGCCGGUUGAUUCGUCGUAAAAGAUGAGGCAAUUAAUGCACACUUUAAAGCGAUAAUAUACUCAAAAAGGUUUAAAUUCAAAUAAUUCAAACUUUUUGAUUUUUGUUUUCAUUUGAUUUUAAGCAUACUUAUAAAAACAGGAUUUUACUUCAAUGUUGCUUGUCGAUUAGUAAAAGCCAAAAGAUGAGCUAAAUUAAUAAAAUUGUGUAGAUUGGGGGCUAUUUUUAUUAUCAUAAAACACAGAUAAAAAUAAAAAUUUAAUAACUAAAUGAUGUGUAUAAAUUUGUGAAACUAUUCAUGUGCGAAAGCUAUAAAAAAAAUAAAUGGACUUUAAAAGUAUAAUCAAAAGUGACAAAAUUACACUAAACGUCAAAUUUCCGUCGCUAUAAAGAAGUCAAACAAGUAAAGAAAAACCAAAAACACAAGUGUAAAAAUUAGAUUGUCAUUUUAUUUAAUUUAAGGAAGCGUUUGCAAGCUUGAUGCUUCAACUGUAUACAUACAUUUAAAACAUAGUUUCCAAUCCUCCAUGAAUUCAAGCAAAGAUUUUAAAGCUCUUGACAGUUAUUUAUGUCAAUCAUUUAAAGUUUGGAAUAAUGCCAUAAGUUUUCCCCUGAUAAUAUUUUUAAUGGCAAGCAGAUGAUAGAGGCUGAAGGACCUAAGAAUCAGGAUAUUAUGAUACUUUUUUGGUUAAAACUUAUUUGUGGACAUACGCAGGCUGACAUCAAUCAAAUACCUAUCAUCAAUAAAAUGUCUUAGAUUGACUUUAAAAAGUUAUCAAAGAACCGAUUUCUAUGCUCUAAUAAAAAAUCAAUGUUUCUUCUUACGGAAGUUAAAAAGACUGUAAUUCUUCGUUCAAGACAUUAAGCGCAAACAAAACGCUUAUGAUUGGCUGGAUCAAUUGGCUUUUACAAAACGUUAUUUCUCACACGAUAUAUAAAUGAGUAAAAGCAUGAUGAUUACAAAAAACUUCUUAAGCAAGCCCCGUAGAUGUUAUUGAAUACGUUGUUUGUGAUGUAUAUUGGACUCUGUUAAAAAGAAAUGCACGCAAACAUGACAUCAGAUCGCGGUGGAGGAGGAGGGGGUUCAUGGAGACUCCCACCGGACGAAACUUUACAAGUCCAAGAUCCAAAGCAAAAAGAUCAAGAUAUAGAUUUGGAUGAAGGUCACAAUUGGAGAAGUAUAAUAUUUUCUUUGAUUGUUAUAAGUUUUGUAAUAGCUGGUAUCAUCACGGCGAUAUAUUUAUUGGGAUAUGUUGAUGAGCUUUUGUAUUGGUCAGGCCGUAGGAUGAUUUUAGAUGAAUUUUUGCAAGGAGACUUAACGCCGUCAAGGUUACCUCCCUCUUGGGUAACUUCCCAAAAGUAUGUGUUCCAAUCGGAUGAUGGAGGUUUGGCUAUCUUGGAUACAACUACGAACAUUAUAAACGUUUUAGUAACAAACCACACUCUACGUCAAUUAAAUGUUUAUGGCUACAUGUGCUCCCACGAUCUUAAAUAUGUUUUGUUUAAACAUAAUGUAAAAAAAGAUUUUCAAAAAUCUUUUACAGCAUUUUACACAAUUUAUGACGUGGAAAACGAUCACCACAUGCCAGUAAAAUUAAAAGACUCUCUAAAGGUGCAAAGAACUCGCCUUCAGUAUGCGUCUUGGCUUGGCAAUUCGACAGCAAUAAUAUUUGUAGUGGAAAAUGAUAUAUUUAUCCGACAAUCCCCAGUAAUGGAAACAGAUAUAAGAAUAACCUCUUCGGGAUAUGAAAACCAAGUAUAUAAUGGUGUUCCAGACUGGCUGUAUCAAGAAGAAAUCUUUGGUUCUCCAGAGGCGAUUUGGUCUUCCUCUGAUGGCACACAUUUUUUGUUCGCAUUAUUUAACGAUACCAAUGUUGGUAUGAUGACUUACCCCUGUUUGUCGUCCGGAGCACUUUUUUCUGGAAGUGGAUUGCUUUCUCGAAAUUUCUUCCCAGAAACCAAAAAUGUAAGAUAUCCUACUCCAGGCACUGCCAAUCCAGAAGUCCAGUUGUGGGCUGUUGACAUUACUAAUUUGAGCGCUAUACAAAAAUUUCAAUUAAAGCCGCCUGCCUCUCUUGAUGGACAGGACUAUUAUCUCACAUCAGCAGGUUGGAUAUCUGAUACAAAUCAACAAGUAUCGGUAGUUUAUAUGGGAAGAUCUCAAAACUACAGUGUGAUCUCAAUGUGUUCAAAACUGCGCGACUGGAGUUGCUUUGAAAUCCACUCUGAACGAGCACCAGAAAAUGAAUGGUUGGAUAUUUUUCCUCACCCUGUGUUUUCUUCGGAUGGAAGUAGUUUCUUGUUACUGUCAAGUAUUCAUGAAUCCGGUCACUACCAGUUUACACAUAUAAAACAUGUUACCAUAUCACAGCGAAGAGUAUCUGUUAUUUCUCAUGGUCGAUAUGAAGUGAUAAAGAUAAUAUGUUGGGAUACUAAAAAUCACAAAGUUUACUUUUUGGCUACUCAAGAUAAAAAGCCUGGUCAAAGGCACUUAUAUUCUGUUAAAGACCCAAUACAUGAUGAUAUCAGAAAAAUCCAACCACAAUGUAUCACGUGUGAUUUGGGGGAAGAUCUCUGGAGUAGUCGUUACUAUUAUACCAACUGUUCACAUUUUGACGCUUUUAUAACACCAUCAUUAGGAAUUGCAACAAACUAUGGAAUUGAGUUCUACAUUUUGGAAUGCCUAGGUCCAGGACUUCCUGUAUCAGGAGUUCAUAUGCAUAAAACUCACAGCUUAGUUAAAAUUUUAUAUGACACGCGGCCAUUUUAUACAGAAAGAUUACUAAAACUGGCCUUACCGACCCAGAGAUCUUUUGAAAUACCAUUACCGCAUGGAGGACGAGCUCAAGUUCAAUUACUACUUCCUCCUAGCUGGAGGGAAGAAUUAAGAGAUGCUGCUUUUCCAGUUAUUGUUGAAGUAAAUGGCCGCCCCGGUUCAGAAUCGAUUUCCGAGAAGUUUAAAAUAGACUGGGGUACAUACAUGUCAUCUCGAAACGAUGUGGUAUACGUUCGCCUAGAUGUAAGAGGGUCGAAGGGACAAAGUAAAAAAACGCUAUAUCGUCAUUUAGGAGGAGUAGAAGUAUUGGAUCAAAUAUCUGUGUUGAGGUAUUUGCUUGAUACUAUAGGCUUCCUGGAUGAAACAAGGGUUGGUAUGUGGGGUUGGGGCUAUGGUGGCUAUGUUACUACGAUGGUUCUCGGCACACAACAGGAUGUAUUUAAAUGUGGAAUUGCAAUUUCUCCUAUUGCUGAUUGGCUUUAUUAUAAUUCAGCUUUUACUGAGCGAGUGUUGGGCCUUCCUGGUGAAAACUAUAAAGGAUAUGUUGAGGCUGAUGCAACUCAGAGGGCACGGCUAAUAAAGUCAAACUCAUACUUUUUAAUUCACGGCUUAGCAGACACUACUGCCCCAUUUGUCCAUGGAGUGCAAUUAGCUAAAGCGCUUACUAACGCCAAUAUUCUUUUUCGUUACCAGACCUAUGCAGAUGAAGGUCAUGACCUAAAUGGUGUACUGGAACAUGUGUAUUCUUCUAUGGAGCAAUAUUUUGCGGAAUGCCUAAGCUUGGAUCCUGAUGAUACUAAACCAGAUGUAGACCAAAGCAUGGUUCCAGCUGAAUAACAAAAUGUUUUUAUUAUAAUGUGUAUAUAUAAACUAAACCAAAUCUCAUUAAAACAAAUUUCGAAAUUAAGAGUAAAUACACUAGUCUAGACAAUUCAAAAAAGUA